AUGCCAAGCUGGACUCACUUGAUUCGUUUCAGGGCCGUUGAAGACGGCCAUGUUCACCUUGGGCAGUUAGUUGAUACUUCACGAGAUGUUGGAAUCGACUGUCUGAAUGGCGUCGAAGUUAAAGCCUUCCUGAUCAAUGGAGAUAUUUUUAGCGGCACGGUGACUGAUAUUGUGCUUACCGUGGACCAUGAAGGCGGUUUCCCGAUUCCAGACGAACUCGAGGUCUUCACAAAGCCGCGAAUGGCACUCACAGGUCCAUUUCCGGCAGCCAUUACCAUUCCGAAAUGUGCCCAGGAUGGAACCAGCGACUAUGAAGCCGAGCUGUGUGUUAUAAUUGGCAAAACCGGUCGAGAUAUCCCUGAGGAAAGGGCUCUGGAGUACGUCCUCGGAUACACUGCGACAAACGAUGUUUCAGCUAGAACGCUCCAGCUCGCGGCUAAACAGUGGUCAUUCUCAAAGGGCCUUGAUAAUAGCUGCCCGAUAGGCCCAGUGCUUGUUUCUCCCUCGGCCAUUGAUGACCCACAAUCCCUUGGCAUCAAGGCCAUUUACAACGGUCAAACGGUGCAGAACGGCAACACAAGAGACAUGAUAUUUUCUGUCAAGAAGCAGAUUUCUUACCUUUCCAGAGGAACAACAUUGGAAGCAGGAUCAGCCGUUCUGACCGGCACGCCGGCUGGAAUCGGGUAUUUUCGAAAGCCACGUUGA